UGCCUCACUUGCCUACCCUGACCGGAUGUCACUGUGUUAUCGAGUCUUCAUUUAGCAUUGAAUGUGCGUUUGUAAUGCAGGUUAUCGUGGACACGUCAGUUCCUUCUUCACCGGUUUGUUAUUCUGUGGAGAUGGAUGUCUACCUCGGCCAAACAGAACUUUCAGGGCCAUCUUUUUUAUCGUUGUCUGGACCCUCCAGCAGACUCCAAGAUAGUCCCUCAUCCUUAUUGGAGAGCAAAGGUUUUGACUCCAGCAUCCUCGACUUCUGGGCUGCUUCUGGUUUGGUGCCCCAGACCGAUGACAUAUGCCAGGAAGCGACUGCGACUUCCUGGGCAUCGUGCGACAGCCUGCUCAAAGAGUCUGAAGACCUCGAGCUCUGCGAUGCCUCGCUUGCUUUGUGCGCUACACGCCAACUGAGGAGGAAAAAAGCUCGCAUGCAGCUUCACCUGACCCCACGCGCCUCCUCUGACCCACCUGCUGCCUUUCUCCAUCCCCUCCAAAAAGACAUUGUGGACUAUCACUCCCCUGCGCAGGAGCAAGAUACUGCCAAACCACUGCUGGCUCACAACCACAAUAUGAAAAACUUUUUGACUCUGUCCGAGGAGAAUCUUCUGAUGUCAAUAGAAGAAGCAACAGAGGACACUUUGCAUUUCACCAAAAACAACUCGGACAGCGGUCGGGACUCGCCUACGACCACCUCAACAUUCUCAAACACCCAGAGCACCUCAUGUAGCAGUUGGUGGGAUCACGCUGACGAUAAAUACCACCGUGAGCUGGAGUAUUUGACUUUCGAGCCACAUUCCGGUCCUUCCCAAUGCGAGGCAAAACUCAAUCGAUGUCCAUCUGUACUUUCUGUGGACUCUGUGGCCGGCACCUUCCUGCCGAGUCCUUCCCCUGACUCGACAAGAUGCUCCUCCACCACGCGCAUCGGCAUCGCUCGAGGUCGGCCCAGCUGGCUGCUUCCUCCCUGGGUGUUGUGCGUGAUCUACCCUCUCGUGGCUGCGCUGAUCGCAGCAUGCCUGGUUCUCGUCGGAAUCUACGGCAGCUUCUUCUCCAGAACGGUUGUCCUCAUGUGGCUCGUAUCCGCGCUCUCUGCCUUCCUCGCCUCUGCUCUCCUGCUGGAACCUCUCAAGGUGUGCAUUCAGGCCUUGAUCUGCACCGCCAUUUGGCGACCUGUGGAUCCAGAGGUGGAGGACCAACUUGCCCAGGAGACCACAGUGGCGAGAUCAUUAUUAGAAGAGGGUGGGAAGGUUCGACCACCCUGCGGCUACGGACUGCUGCAGGCUAAAGAGGAGGCUCGGAAAGUCCGUGCGCUGAAGUCACUCAUGAGGCAUUGUGCGUUCCAGCUGCUAUUUCUGUUGCUGGUGCUCAUGGUGAACUACCAGGACAGUGUGGAAAGAAGGCAGGGCAGGCAGUUGCACUCGGCUGUUGGGCGCCAGCUUCACACCGCUCCGUUGGGCAGCCCAAAUCUAACAUCUAUCAGAAACUGUUUAGAUGCCGGGCAGUGGAUGAACAGCACCUUGGUGACAUACCUGCACCAAAACCCGCUGCUCCGCCUUGUGGGGUCGCCACGUCUCUUGUACGCGCACACACUGGGCCAGAGGCAGGUCACGCUUGGAAACAGCAGCGUGGCGACACAUCGAGCCCUGGCCGAGCUACAUAUGGGAGGCCUUUGCAUGAAGCAGCUCAAAAGCCUCUCUUUGGAUUUUACGCAGUACCACAGAGAGUCGAGGUUAUGUCUAUGUCUAUCCAUCCAACUCGAUUGGACCCAAAGAAUCACUUCCUCCCUCUCAAUCUACCCGCUCCUCAUCCCAUCGUCUCAUGAAGGCUUAGACCUCCAUCUGGCCCUGACGGUUUUCCUUCUCGGUUCUGCUCUCCUCAUAUUAAUUGGGGAAUUGCGGUCGAUGGCGAGUGAGCGUGCUCAGUAUCCGUCUCAAGGCAAACACUGGCUCCAGCUUCUGUUGGCCGCAUUGUCUUUGGCGACAAGUGUGCUCCAUCUCUGUUUUCGCGCUCAGGCCACUUCCUGUGUUUCCCAGCUGCGGGCACAGCCUGACAGCUUCGUCAACUUCCAUGGCGCUGCUCGACUGGCUCAGAAGUCUUCUCAAUGUGCGGCUGUCUUACUGACUUUCCUGGUCCUAAAGCUGUUGGGAACAUUAAGAUUUGUGCGCAGGUGGGUCGUGAUCAUCAGAGUCCUGAACAGAGCUUGGAAGGAGUUGUGGACCUUAAGUUUCCUCUUAAUGCUGCUGAUUUUGUUCAGUACUCACCUCGGGAAAACGCUCUUCUCGCAGUCCGUGGAAGGCUUUUUGUCGAUGCAUCAGGUUUUUGUGUCGUUGAUGUCCAUUGUGCGUGGUCGGCUUGGCCUCCAAAGACUAUGCAGGGUCCAUCCUGUUCUCGGCCCUCUGUAUGGCUUACUCCUGACGGCUGCAGGUGUCUGGCUUUUGGCUAAACUCUUUGGGGCUGUUCUCAUUCGGGCGUACAGGUACUGUCCAACAUUUGUGAUUGUCUUUCCUUCCUGAGAAAUGGCCAAAGCAACUGAAACGACAUUUGAAUGGCUUCUAAAUUAUUAUAGAGUGGUUCUAAUUUCCAAUUAGAUGUCAGAUUAUGAACCACCUGUCCAUAAUUUAUAAUGUGGACCAUAAAAA